UCCAGUGUGCGUGUGUCGCUGAAAGAAAAGUUGUCAAUGUGUGCCAUACAUGAAAGCGGCUCUCGCUUGAAAAGCUUUUUCAAGUUUGUGUUGUGUGAAUGCGAACUUUGCAGUUAUUCGAUGUCGGUCGCGUCGAGGAGGACGUAUACAGUUUAUUUAACUCGUGCUUCCAUUCAAAAAUGCUUCUUCCAAGCGUCUUCUGAAUAAAAAAAUGGUUUUCAAGUAAAGAGUUUCAAAUAAAGAACAUAAAACAAAGUGGCUAACAUUACUGUGAUCAAAAUGUGCUGGUUUCGUCUGAUGAUAUUCGUUUUUCUCGUGUUAUCCGGGCUACAACUUGUUAUGGGAUUAGAAGAAGCCGUUCAUCAUAAUGCAGGACACAGACUUCGGUCCCACAGACCAAGUAGACGACAUCGAGCUACCAAUGAUGGCGGGCUGCGCUUCGAGCCGGAACCUUACAGCAAGAAGCUGGAGCUGAAUAGUUCAGGCAAGAUCCAUUGCAAGGUCGCCGGUGGGACUGCCCCGACUGUGCAGUGGUUUUUGAACAAUGCAGACCCCCUCCCGGAAGGUGUGACGUCGGCAAAUGGCACUCUCAUGGUGACAGAGGCUAAAAAACAUCAUGCCGGCAACUACACUUGCCGGGCUAUUGAUGGAGACCAUGUCAUCCAUGCGAACAUUACUUUGGAUGUUGUUGUUGCGCCUCGCGUGGUGGAGCCUCUGUCAGAGCAACAGAUGCACGUGACAGUUGGACAGAACGUGUCACUGAACUGCGUGGCCACCGGCGACCCGCCUCCGACCACUCAUUGGGACAGAAACCUCACUAUUUUGCACCAACAACAAGAUGGUGUUGAUAUUGAGGGUGGUGUGAACGCUUCGAUAUCGAAAUUAGUGCUUCUCAACAACGGCACGCUUCUGAUCCGCAACGCUUCGAAGCAAGACUCCGAUAGGUACGGCUGUACUGCGGGCAGUGCUGCUGGGCUGGCUAGAAAUGAAUUGCUACUUGUUGUACAUCCCGAAGGAGAACUCCCACCGCCUGAAUCAACUGGGGUGGCGGGCAAAGCGGUGCUAGUGUCGAUAUCUGUAGCAGGGGCUUACAUGAUACUGGUGCUGGCUCUCAUGCUAUACUGCAGGCGUCGCAGGCUGAAGAGACGGCAACGGGGUGAAAAAAUGGAGUUGGAAAUGGCAGAAGGAAGGGAGAAGUUGGUGGAAGAAGGGGAAGAAGAGAAGCAGAAGGUGACACUGAACGGUGUGCCCGCGCAGAACGGACGCCUGCUGCCGCACGACAGAGAUAGUGGCGCAGAUAAUUCGGAAGUAUCGGGUGUUUCUCGCGCGUCGAAAAAGUCGGGACAGUAUGACCAGUUGACUGUACCCAGAACUCUGCUCACAGAACAGAUUACACUUGGUCGGGGCGAAUUUGGAGACGUGAUGCUGGCUAAGAUAGACAUGACGCAAGUAAUGAAGCUACGGAAUAAAGACGAAGAUUUGGAGCCGCAACUCAAACCCGUGCUCGUAAAGGCGUUGACUACCAAGGACGAGGUACAACUGGCAGAAUUCCGUCGCCAACUAGACUUAUUCAGUAGAGUACGUCAUGAGCACAUCGCAAGACUAAUUGGACUGUGCAAUGAAGCAGAUCCGCAUUAUAUGCUGCUAGAACAUACCGACUGGGGUGAUCUCCGAAGCUUCCUCAUAGCAACUCGAACGCCUGAGGAAAAUGAAGAAUACAUAAACAGAGUGGGUCCUCUACACGGGUUGCCAGCAAGAGACAACACGAUCCAACCUCUCGCUCCCCGUCACAGACUCGCCUUGGUCGCACAUCUCGCUUCCGCCGCCGCGAGACUCGCGCACAAGAGACUCACCCACAGAGACAUAGCGGCGCGGAACUGCGUGAUAACGUCGAAGCUGCAACUGAAGUUAACGUUCCCGGCGCUCACCCGCGGACCCAACUCGCACGAGUACUACAAACACCAUGACCAGGUCAUACCACUUCGCUGGCUGCCGUACGAAGCGGUGAUGGAGGGAGAAUACUCCACUAAGUCUGAUGUCUACAUGUUUGCGGCCACCGUAUGGGAAAUUUACACCAAAGCUGAGAUGCCGUUCGCCAAAUUGAAUGACAACUCGGUGCUGGAAAGACUGAAGAGCGACACAUUGGACUGGAACAUCCCAAGUUCGAUGCCCGAACGAUUGGGCAACGUAUUGAAACGCUCUUGGAGCAAAUCCCCUUCGGACCGGCCGCAGUUUACUGAAAUCUACGAGGAAAUGACGUCCAUCAUACAAGAUAUGUCUGCAGAAAGUGUCUCCCAACACUCACAGGACAAGAUAGAACGAGACGAAUAAAUACCGAUUUACCGGUACCGGAAUAUUUAUCGGUACGGUACGGAUUAGGUGUUAAUGUAAAUUGUAUCAAUAAUUCAACGUCCAUCAUACAAGAUAUGUCUGCAGAAAGUGUCUCUCAACACUCAGGACAAUACAGAACGAGAUGAAUAAAUCGGUUCGGUACGGUAUGGCUUAGUAUGUGUCUAUGUAAAUUUUAUCAAAAAAUCAGAAAAGUAGCUCUUAACACUCACAGGACAAGAUAAAUUGAGAGAAAUAAAUCGGUUCAGUACAAUACGGUUACGGAUAGGUGUUAAUGUAAAAUAUUUUUGUUAGUUAAAAUCAUCUCAUGUCAUCAGCUAUGUAAAAAAAAAAAAACUAUGGAAUCGAUAUCACAUUCAUGAAUACAGUCCGACAAGGCUCUUUUGGCACUUGA